GAAAUAAACCCACUUUAAGAAUCUUUCCCUCUUGGUCCUUGUUCUCUAUGGCCUUAAUUACCUAGUCGAUUUGCUCACCACCUAAUUUUAAAACAUUUAUUACCUAAAACUUCUAGUUUUGAUUAUAAUCGUUAAGAAAGUCCUAGAGCUACCGAUCUCAAGAUACGUGUCAUAAACUACUGGAUAUGUGAUGAAUCUGUACAUCCCCAAAAUUCUGAGAAUACCUAUUUACACAAUAUUCAGCGAAAUCUACAAAGUGAGAAGACAAGACAUGAUCCACCCCUUGAGUUACUACCAAACAUUCAAUAAAUUCUUUACUAGAUAAAUUAAGCCAAGAAAGAUUGAACAUGGAAUGAUCAGCCCAGCUGACUCAAAGAUCUUAUCCAUCAGUAAAGUAACAAAGAAUGAAUGUUUACUUGUCAAAAGAGUGACAUACUAAAUUGGAUAAUUUUUGACAGGCAUCAAGGGAUACGAGAUGGAAUUCAAAAAAAAGCAAGAAUCAUCAAAUCUUUGGUCAUGUAUUUUUUAUCUUGCACCUGGGGAUUAUCAUCGUUACCACUGUCCUGUUGACUUUAUUGCAAAAAGCAGGUUGCACAUUCCAGGGAAAUUAGCACCUGUCAAAGAAAGCAGCCUUAGAUAAGGAUUAUAUGAAGGAAAUGAAAGAGUGGUUCUUGAAGGAGAAUGGGAACAAGGACUCAUGUACAUUAUAUUCAUUGGUGCAACUAAUGUUGGUUCGAUGAAGGUCAAUUUUGAUUCUGAUUUGGCUACAAACACCAACACGUAUCAUAAAAGUGGCUAUCGAAAUUAUUCAAAUCUAACUGUCACUGCUCCUUAUUCAUCUUGUGAAAAAGGUGUUCACAUUAAAAAGGGACAGGAAAUAGGUAGAUUCGAAAUGGGAUCUACUGUUGUGGUCAUUUUUGAAAGUACAUCAAUCGAAUGGAGUGCGAAGGCUCAAUAAAAGGUUUAUUUCGGACAGUCAGUUGCCUCAUAUUGACAUAAAUAAUGCGUAUAUGUACAUUAUAAUAAUAUAAGUCAAAUAUUUGAA